CUGCAUAGCCCAGGUGAAUAUUUCCUGUUGCUCUAGUGCAAUAAUGACCCACCGGCCUCUGCUCCUCUCUGGGGCACUCUCUGUCUACAGGCACUGGAACUAACGACAGUCUCUCUGUGCUGCCUGAUGUCAGAGCUGAGAAAGGUGUCAAGGAUAUAUAAGAGGCAGAAAGGAAGAGGGAAAAGGAUUCUCCAGAGCUAGGUGCAAGCGUGGAAUUGUUGCAUGCACACUUCUUGCUAAGCCAGAGGGCUCGCUGGCUUCUCCAGUUAGAUCUGUGGCCACAAAAAGGAAAAGGCAACUAAGACAACUUUAAAGUAAACUGCACAGGGAACCAGAAUUUGAGACUGGGAUGUGUCAGGAAAUGCAAACCAGAGAAAGUUUGGCAGGAAAGAUGUGCAACCUAAAGCUGUCAGUUUUCUUCAUUGCACUUUCUGUCACUCUGAGCUGUUUGGAAGCUACACCUAUUGAGAGAUUACUGUCUGUGGCUGAUGAUCUAUCUGAUGGUACUUCCAAGAGACAAGGAUGGAUGUUGCCUGUAAUGUCACAGAAUACACUCCCAGGACUCAGUGAGGAGAUGCCAGAACAACCAGCAGCAAAGACAAAAAGCCACCAGCUGGAGAAGAGGAGGUGCAACACGGCCACGUGUGUGACCCAGCGCCUGGCGGAUUUCCUGGUGCGCUCCAGCGGCAGCGCGGGCGCCCUGUACCCCCCCACCAACGUGGGCUCCAACACCUACGGCAAGAGGGACGCGCCAGAGCUGCCAGGCACCCAGCCCCACAGCCAUGCACUGCUCUAGGGGCUGCUGGAAUGUUCACUUUUAAUGUGUCGACAACCUCUUGGUGGUUUGUUACUUGUACAGUCUUAGCAGUGCCUUGUUUUCUCUGUGAGUGUGUGGUUUAUGUUCACCAUUCUGCUGUGCAGGUGCCAUGACAUGCAUAGGCUGCUCUUUCAACUCCAUUAGAGCUCCAGAAAUCUGCUUGGGAAACCCCUUUGUAAAAAUCCACCAUGAUAAUAAAUGGUAAAGUAAU